ACACUUCACUGAACGCGCGAGCCACCAAACAAGAAGCACAAGGCAAGCAAGAAGCAACCAACCCUUACGCUGACCACCAAUCUUCGACGAGCACUGGCAUCAUCAAGAUGAGCGACGCCACGACGGAGGCCAAGGCAGCAACAGCAGCCACGCCAGCGACGACCAAGGACACUGAGCCAAAGACAGUGCAAGCAGCAGCGGAAACCGCCAAGCCACCCACGAAGCAGGAGGCGGGAUCCUCUGCCAAGAAGGAAGGAACGAAGCAGCUGACGGCCAAACCACCGCAGCAGCAGAAGCACCAUUCGCAGUCGGCGUCCUCGCCACAGCAGCAGCAGCAGCAGCAGCACCAACAACAACAACAGCAGCAGCAGCAGCAACAACAACAACAACAACAGUCGGGCAACAAGAAGCGCGAAGGCCGAACGCCAAAGACGAGCACGAGCUCUGCUUCGCAUGGCUCGUCCAAGUUCAGCCGCAGCGGGUCCAGCAAGGGUGGCAAGGGCGCAGAUGGCGACAGCAAGGCGGCCGCGUCUUCCACGGGAGCCACCACGACCAGCAGCGGAAAGUCCGGCUCAACGUCGCAUGCGCACGACAAGGUAGCGGGCAGUGACAGGCCGAAGCGGGGCGGCUACCGCAAGCCCAGUACGUCCUCUGGGCCAGGCAUGUCAUCGGGUUCUCACACGCACCGCUUCAGUUUCCUCGACGACAACCGCACGAAAUGCCUUCUGGUUGCAGACCCCAACGGGGACCUGCAAUCCAUCAACAUGGCUGUGCGGCGGGUCAAUGCCCAGUAUGUCAUCGUUGUCGGCAACCUCGGCUUCUACGACAUGGACAGCCGCGUGCCACGGAACGAAGCAGAGACGCGCCGUGCGGCUGGCGGCCAUCCUGCCGGGGAUCUGCCUGCGUUUCUGCGCGGCGAGAUGAAGUUCCACGUGCCCGUGUUUGCUGUCUACGGCAACCGCGGUGACGUGAAGGUGAUUGACAAGCUGGUGAGCGGCGAGUACAAGGUGCCCAACCUGACGCUGCUGCACGAGCGCGUGACGCAGCAGGUGGGCGGCGUGCGGCUGUUUGGACUCGGCGGCCAUUUCCGCAGCCGCCGCCUCUUCGAUGCCGGCACUGCCACCGUCAACUCCGUUGCAGGCAGCAAGGACGGCAUGUGGACAACAUUCAUCCAGGCCGGUGAACUCAUUGACCUCGCAGACAAGUUGGAGCAGAAGGACAAGGACUGCACGCGUGUGCUCAUCACGUUCGAUAGCCCUACAAAGCAUCCGUAUCUCAUGCGACUUGCCCACCGCAUCAAGGCGACGACUGUGAUCAGCGCAGCGCCUGGCGCUCCGUGCAGCACCUCCUUCUUCCCAUAUGACGUCAUGCCUUACUCGGUCAUCCGCGACCAGUUUUCAGCGAGCGCGCGGGAACUGAGGCAGCUGUGGCACGAUGUCAAGGACCAGGUGGUGCAGAUCGCCAGCGACGACCUCAUGGGCACGCUCGCCCUCGCCGUUGACAUUAUUGACAAGGAGGUGCCACCGCAGUACUUGAAGAGCACGCUGAACAUCAACGUGACCGCUGCUCACUACAAGAGCAUUUCUCUUCUGACAAUCGAGGGUGCACAGCUUGGAUUUGCAGUCGCUCACUUCUCCCUCGCGCACCCAGCAAAGAAACGGCUCCAAAACGACGGGCGGUUGGCGCUGCUGUUCCCCGCGGGCGCGUGGCAGCACGUCGUCACAGAGGACGAUGUGCGCGCGGUGUUUUCAGACCUCCGCAUCGACUCCAUCGAGGAGUCGGGGGAUGCGACAAAGCCCGUGAAGGUGCACUUUUCAACCCCACAAUUCGCACAGCAGGCGGUUGCUGUGGCGGAGGGCAAGAAGCUGCAGGACACGCCGUUUAAGGUUGUGAUUCCCGUGGCGAAAGACACGCGGGGCGGCCGAGGCGUUGGCGGGAAGCAGCGCGGCGGGAAGCAGCGGUCACGUCGCUACGACCAACACGACCGCCGCUGACAAACACAAUUCCCUCCUUCUCCUCCUCAUGCAUACUUUGGGACAGUGCUUUUUAGUGUGUGUGUGUGUGUGUGUGUUUGAACGAAUUGUGCGUUUCCACUUGUGCGUCAAGUCUGACCUUCUCUCGAAUAUCCAUCACGUGUGUUGCUCGUGUUUGUGAUAAUGCUGUUAUGUUUGGUUGGUGUGUCUUUGGCAGUGUUGCUUGCAAGCAUUCCUUACAUUGCCAAAUCUGGCGGUGUAUUAACACUGACAGUACAGGUCAUUCUCUUCUUGCAAACAAAACACGCACCGAAUG